UUCCUCGUCUGCGGUCGAGGCUCGCUGGCGGCUCCAGUGCUGUCGGUUCCGACACACCAGCCAGCCGAGGGCUCAGGGGCGGAGGCGGCGGGGCACAGGACGGGGACCUCGAGGAGCCGAGACUGGCAGGAAGGUUGGAGGGGGCGGCCUGAUAAAAAGCACUGGUGGAGAGAAGAUGGCAGCGGCCACGCAGACUUCAGUGCUGCUGCUUCUGGCUGGCUUCUUGGGCUGCUGCACAGAGACCAGUGAGGUACCUGAGAUAGUCCCCUCCUACUACACUACCUCUGACGCCGUCAUCGCCACCGAGACCGUGUUUAUUGUGGAGUUCUCCCUGACGUGGAAGGAUGGCAGACAGAGCAUACCUCUCUAUGCUGAAGUCGGAGGCAAGCAGUUUCCCGUCACUCGGGGCCAAGACAUGGGCCGCUACCAGGUGUCCUGGAGCAUGGAACACAAACACGCACACUCCGGCACCUAUGAGGUCAGGUUCUUUGACGAGGAGACUUACAGCCUCCUGAGGAAGGCCCAGAGAAACAACGAGGAUGUCUCGUUCAUCCGCCCCCUGUUUACGGUGGAUGUCAAGCACCCGGGUGCCUGGAACGGGCCCUGGGUCUCCACGGAGGUACUGGCUGCCCUGAUAGGCACCGCCAUCUACUACCUGGCUUUCAGCGCCAAGAGCAAUAUCCAGGCCUGAGUAACCCCCCCCUCACCCUUUUCCCCACCCCCACCCCUGCCUGCUGGUGUUGUGUUCCCCAUGGCCUCUCUCAAGCAAAUUGUGGAAAUAAAACAUUGAUCUGGUUCCUGGAGAACAAAUAA